UGGAAAGUGAAAAAGAAAAAACGUAAAAGAAAACCAAUAAAUCCCCAAAAAUAAAAACUUACCAGAAGCACGCUAAUUCAUUCAGUCCUUCACGGCACAAAACGAACCAGCUGAACAACUCACCUUCUUCUUCUUCUUCUUCCUCUGAAAAAACCCACCAUUAACAUUAACAAAGACUCAACCUUUUAAAACCAACCCACCAUUACUAAAGUCUCAACCUUUAUAUCAGUCACACCCAAUUCCCAAAGACUCAACCUUUUAUGUAGUUUCCUGACCUCACGAUGCGCCCAAUCACCGAAUCCCCGUCACCCUCGUCUCCCCAGCCACCGCAGCCCCACCGCACCAACCCCCUCGUCCCACUGGCCGGCGCCGCCACCACCUCCGCGUUCUCCCUCCUCCUCUUCCUCCUCGUCUGCUUCCGCAAAAUCACCCGCAAGCGCACCGCCCCCGAAGCCGACUCCAAGCCCCCCCACCGCUUCUCCUACUCCCUCCUCCGACGCGCCACAGACUCCUUCUCCCCCACGCGCCGCCUCGGCCAGGGCGGCUCCGGCUCCGUAUUCUUCGGAACGCUCCCCCACACCCGGCAGGACGUCGCCGUCAAGCUGAUGGACUCCGGGUCCCUCCAGGGCGAGCGCGAGUUCCAGAACGAGCUCUUCUUCGCCUCCAUGCUGGACUCCCGGCACGUCAUCUCGGUCCUGGGAUUCUCCUCCGAUCGGAAACGGCGCCGUAUGCUGCUGGUUUACGAGUUCAUGAGCAACGGGAACCUGCAGGACGCGAUGCUGCACCGGAAGUGCCCGGAGCUGAUGGAGUGGAAGAAGAGGUUUUCGAUUAUGGUGGAUGUAGCUAAAGGUCUUUGCUACCUUCAUGGAUUGGACCCGCCGGUUGUGCACGGUGACGUCAAGCCGAGUAAUGUGCUGCUGGACGGCGGCUUCAAUGUGAAGAUUGCCGAUUUCGGGCUGGCGAGGCUAAAGUCGGAAAUUCAGGUUGUGAUUGGGGAGGAUGUGAAGAAGAGUGAUGGUGUGGAGGUGAAGAAGGAGGAGCUCGAAGACUGUGGCUCUGUGGUUGAGGAAACCGAGAGUGUUAGUGUUGCCACUGCAGGCUUUGAGGAUUUGAAUUUGGGAGUUGAUCAGUCGCCGGAGAGUUUAGUGAUCAAGCUGCCUGUUUCGCCGGAGACUCCGGUGACGGCCUCACCACCGGAGGAGAAUGUGGAUAAGGAGGGGGGAGAGAAGCCGAGUGUGAAUAAGGAUUGGUGGAUGAGACAGGAGAAUGGGAGUGGUGUGAAGGACUAUGUGAUGGAGUGGAUUGGGAAUGAGAUUGGGAAUGAGAGGCCCACGGCUGCUUCAAGUAGUGAAAUGGUGGGGAGGUCGGAGAAGAAGAAGAAGAAGAAUAAGAAGAAGAGGAAUAGGAAGAGAUUGGAUUGGUGGAUGUCGAUGGAGGAGAGUGGGAAAGUUUCGAGCAAGGAGAAGAGGAGGCCUGCCAGGGAAUGGUGGAAGGAGGAGUACUGUGAGGAGCUGACAAAGAAGAAAAAGAAGAAGGAUAAGAAGCAGAGUAAAGGAAUGAGCUUUGAUGAGAAUGAGAGUGACUGGUGGCCACACGAUGAUGAAUUGUAUGCUGAGACCAGGAAGAAGAAGAAGAGUAGGAGCAGGAGUUGGGGGAGUAUGAGUAGUAUUGAUUGGUGGUUGGAUGGAAUUCGCCGUAAUGCUAGUAAUAAUUCUGCUAGUGGGGAAAUUCCUAAAAGCUGUGGCAUGAGUAGUACGCCAAGUAUGAGAGGAACUGUAUGUUAUGUUGCACCCGAAUAUGGUUUUGGUGGUGAUCCUUCAGAAUUAUGUGAUGUUUAUAGUUUUGGGGUGUUGUUGUUGGUUGUUAUAGCCGGAAGGCGCCCACUUCAGGUAACAAAUUCGCCUCUGUCAGAGUUCCAGAGAGCGAAUUUGUUGUCUUGGGCACGCCAUCUUGCUCGUGCUGGGAAGCUUAUUGAUCUUGUUGAUAAGUCCAUUCAGGGUCUGGAGCAAGAACAAGCUCUCCUUUGCAUCACCGUGGCAUUAGUUUGUUUGCAAAAGAUACCUGCUCGCCGGCCUUCAAUGAAAGAGGUUGUGGGGAUGCUGACUGGUGAGUUAGAACCACCCAAAUUACCACCGGAGUUAACCACGUCAGCUCAGUCACGGUUCUCACACAAGUCCCAUAGAAAGGUCCGGUGAGUUUCUAAUGUACGCUUUUAGUUUUUCAUCAAAAUUAGGUGGUAUACUGCUGUAGAUCAUUGUUACGUCAUCUUUGUGGAUGAUUUGUGUAUCCAAAGGAGGAAAAGGAAAUAGAUUUUCUAAUUUAUAUAAUGAACUGAUCAUUUGAACAUA